UACCUCCAUUCAUUUCCAUGGUACGGGCCUCUGUCAAAAACGAAAUUCCUCAAAGAAUUCUCCCACUUCGCUCUAUCCAUCACCAUUCUUCGCACUCCGUUAGAGACUCGCAGUUAUGGAGAUCGCAUCAUUAACCAGCAGCAACAGAGCGGCUUCAUUCAUCUACUCUUAUCCACCCAAAACGAAGUCAAAAAAUCAAAAUCCUUCUACCUUCUCGCCUCUCCAUGUACACGCCAUGGCCGCCGAGAAACCUCCCUCUUCUGCUCUCAAAACCCUCAGCUCCAAGAAGAUAAACUCCACGGUGUUCCCUCUCGGUGAGAAAGGGCCGAGGAGCAGCAUCUCGCUGUCGACAUCGCCGCCGAUUAAGCUACUGACAAGAGUGGAGCAAUUGAAGCUCCUGAGCAAAGCGGAGAAGGCCGGGCUGCUGUCUGCGGCGGAGAAGGCUGGGUUAUCUCUGUCGUCGAUUGAGAAAUUAGGACUUCUGUCCAAGGCUGAGGAGCUGGGGAUCUUAUCGGCGGCGACGGAUCCGGGAACUCCCGGGGCGCUGCUGAGCCUGAGCUUAGGGCUGUUGCUUUUAGGGCCUUCGUGUGUGUAUUUGGUGCCGGAGGACAGUGUUUGGGAAAUUGUGUUGCAGGCGGCGGCAGCUCUGGUCUCCGUCGUGGGCGGCUCCGCGGCUUUUGCUGCGUCGAAUUUGGUGUCCAAGUUGCAGAGAUCGAAUUGAAUUCCGGUGUUGGAGUUUCCCGGCCAAUGGAACUGUACGCAGUAUCAUGUUUCCUUAUCUCACGUCGUCGUUUGUAAUCUGCAAUUAUUGAAUUUCAUCAUUUUCCAUCGGAUUAAAAUGGCGAUAUGUUAUCGGAAA